UCCUUUCUUUUAACCCCGUGGGUAUCGGUCGCCGCAAUAAAUUUUUUUCAUCGUCCCUCUGUCUACUGCAGAGAACUGUCUGGAAUCAACAACUCAGAAAAAAUUUUGUUUGGUUUGUUUCAUUGAAAACCCUAGUUUAAUCAGAUAAGAAUUUGCAGAAACAAAAAUGGGGAUAAUUAGGAGUGGAUUUCAGUUCAUACUUGCUACGGGAUUUGGGAUUUAUAUUGCUCAGAAUUACAAUGUUCCAAACAUUAGAAAGCUUGUAAAUACUGGGAUGGUAAUGGCUAAACAUAUCGAAGAGAAUUAUCGGAAGCCGAAGAAGAGGGAAGAGGAAGAUGUAUGGUAGUUCAAGAGAGAAAGUAAGCGAGAUGGUUAUAGAGGUUCAACAACUCAGGUUCUUCUUAGUUUGAUUCUUAUUUUUUUUUUCCCUUGGUUAUGGUGAAUAAUAGUAGAUUCAACUGAAAUAUUAUUGUUCAACAGUAUAUAGUUGAAGCUUGAUUGAAUUACUACUGUCUCGACUCUGAUUUUAAUGGGAAAUAUGCUUUGUUCUU